AUGAAUAGAGAACAGUCAUCUGAGCUUUCACCGUCUUCGUCGUCGUCACCAAAUAGGGGUAGAAGAUUAUCUUCAUACAACAGUUUCGAUUCCACCCACACUUCUUCAUUAUCAACUUCACCAUCGCAAUCAUCAUCACCUUCGCAAUCAGCAGCGUCACAUAAGAAAAGAACAGGAAGGAAAAAGUUCAGGGAAACUAGACACCCGAUUUACAGAGGAGUAAGGGAGAGGAGGAAUGAUAAAUGGGUUUGUGAAGUUAGAGAACCCAAUAGCCAAUCAAGAAUCUGGCUUGGAACUCAUAAUUCUCCUGAAAUGGCAGCUAGAGCUUAUGAUGUUGCUGCAUUAGCUCUUAGAGGUGAAUCGGCUCCAUUGAAUUUCGAAGAUUCGUUAACCACUUUGCCUCGUGCUAAAUCAGCAUCCUCCAAAGAUAUUCAGGCAGCUGUUGCUGAAGCCACUCAAUGUUUUCCACUCCCUAUUGAUUUCACAGUAUCAUCAUUAUCAUCAUCGGCUCAGUCAUCCCGUCAUGUGGAAAAUGUUGAAACAGCUCCCAAAACUUCAUCGAAGGCGGCGACAUUUUUGGAUGAAGAAGCGCUGUUUAAUAUGCCGUCACUACUUUCCGGCAUGGCAGAAGGGAUGCUACUUCAACCACCACAAAAAGGCUACAUUUCUGACGACGGCGGAAACAACGUGGACUGCACUUUGUGGCCGUGGAGCGAAUAA